CUCUUCCGCUUCUAGAUGCUAAAGAUCGCGACACCACCUCCACCAGUACACUCGUUUCAAUGCGCGCUCGCAUCUAACCUAACCGACCCCCCAUCUCAAUCUCCCCAUCAUUGACGCUUUCCCGCGACUACAAUCACGUCGCCCACCACCAAAAUGGCCGAACCCGCCGCCGCCGCUGCAACACCGGCCGCAUCAAGCGCCCCAGCACCAGCAACAACAACGACCAGUACAGCAGGCCCAACUUCCACCACAACCACCAACUCCACAGCGCCCAAUUCCACACCAAACAACAACAAUGCCAAUUCCAGCUCCAACUCCAAUUUCAACUCCAACAACAACACAACCUCAAACAACACCUCAAAUCCCAACCCCAACCAAUCCAACGACUCCUCCGCUUCAUCAACCGCAAACCGCGGCCUCCCCUACUACGAGAAACUCCGCCGCGAACUGCGCGACACACUCCAGAAGAAGCGUUUAAUGGAUAAGAGCAUGGCCCAACUCGAAGACCAAAUCUACCGCUUCGAACAAUCCUACCUGGAAGAAACCACCGCCGGAAACAUCAUCAAGGGUUUCGACAACUACAUCAAGGGCUCAUCCAGCGGGGCCGGGAUCGGCGGAGCAGGCAUUGCCCUCUCAUCGAGUAUGAGUGGUGGAGGAGGCGCUGCGAGACGAAAGGCGACGGUGUCGGACGCGGAUCGUGUGUUUUCGAGGAGUUCCGCGAGUUUUAUGCGGGAUUCACCCGCACCUUCAUCAGCUCAAACGACGCCGUCGCAUGCCGCGACCCCGAAUUCCACGUAUAAUGGAUCUACUGGCAAGCCUGGGAACGGCGAUGCAUCGUCUGCGGCGAAUAGUGUGAAGGGGGGCCAGGCGUCGAAGAAUAAGAAGAAGUCUGCGGCGAGUAAUAAGGACAAGGGGGAUGAUGAUGGGACAGAUGGGGAUAGGCCGCCUACGAAGAGGUUGAAGAUCACUUACGGGAGGGAUUGAUAUAUCAUUUUAUUACUUCGUUUGAUUUCAUGAGAGUUGGUUGGAGUUGGUAGGUUCUUUGCUGGGUUGGAUAGGGAGCUGUGGCGCGCGGAAAACUACUGAUUAUAUUUGUUCGAAGAGUUCGCUGUGUUUGCUAGGUUUCGCUAUUUGUCUGUGAUAUCCUCUGUACUACUAGAUUGCAUCGGCAUUGCUCUGCUAGACUAUACAUCUCAAAAGAUAUGUCACUUGGUGUUAGG